GAUCAUGCGCCAGAUCUCCGAGGAGAAACAUCGAUGAGGGAUUUUAGCUGAGCUAGUUCCCAGAAAAUCACGCUUUCGACGAGCAGAAGGAGCAUUCGUAAACAGGACGGAGGAUAAAUAGGCUACGCGAAAAGGCAUAGGAGGAAGGAGGACCGCAGCCGACGGAGGAGGCACGAGCGAGAGGAUGCAGUGAGCGGAGACGAGCGCUGACACUGAUUAUAUAAACACUACGGGAAAGCAGAAUAAUUAGUACUAUUUCGCAGUGGGAAGCCAUUUAAUCUCAACAAUAAACAAUCAGAAUGGGUCGUAACGACGCGUAAACCAGUUAACAGCCAGGUUCUGAGAGGUCUCCUGACCCUCUAACUCCAGUCUUGGUCCACUCCACACAGCCCCACCCAACCACCCACCCCACGAGCAAAACACAUCCGUGAGUGGGGAGGGGCUCUUCAGAUGACCACAUCUCCUCAUGGCCUGCAUCCAUGAGACCCGCGCCCCGUCCCCCUCGCUCUCCGGCUUCAGCACCCCCAUCUCAGAGCCCCCCUUCCGGCGGCUGGAUGCCGAGACCCCGGCCUGCACCCCGGAGAUGGACCUGACGCCCACUCAGUGCGUGCUCCGCAACGUGCUCUCCAUUGACACGGGUGCGGCGCCCGAACCUGGCGGGGGUGGUGGUGGCGGCGGAGGUGGGGGUGGGGGUGGGGGAGGCACCGGAAACAGCCCCACGCCCAGCGACGAGCCACCCGAGCACUUUGCCAACAGCGUGCUGAAGCUCCAUGACCAUGACGGCUGCCCUGGUGGGGCGGGAGGGGCCGAGGGACAGAGGGGGGGUCACGGGGAUGACAUCCGGCUGCAGUGCCAGUCCGGCGGGGGAGGGGGCUUCCUGGAGGGGCUGUUUGGCUGCCUGAAGCCUGUGUGGACUAUGAUUGGCAAGGCCUACUCCACAGAGCAUAAACACAACCACGAAGGUAUGAAGAACCCCUACGAACUCUGGGAGGUUCCGUUUGAGGAGAUCUCGGACCUGCAGUGGGUAGGGAGUGGAGCGCAGGGCGCCGUCUUCCUGGGCAAGUUCCACGGGGAGGAGGUGGCCGUCAAGAAGGUCCGGGACAUCAAGGAGACCGACAUCAAGCACCUCCGCAAGCUCAAGCACCCCAACAUCAUCACCUUCAAGGGUAUCUGCACCCAGGCCCCGUGUUACUGCAUCAUCAUGGAGUACUGUGCCCAGGGCCAGCUGUACGAGGUGUUGCGGGCGGGCCGCAAGAUCACGCCCUCCCUGCUGGUGGACUGGUCCAUGGGCAUCGCGGGAGGCAUGAACUACCUGCACCUCCACAAGAUCAUCCACCGCGAUCUCAAGUCUCCCAACAUGCUCAUCACCUAUGAUGACCUGGUGAAGAUCUCCGACUUUGGAACCUCCAAGGAGCUGAGUGACAAGAGCACCAAGAUGUCCUUCGCUGGCACGGUGGCCUGGAUGGCACCUGAGGUCAUCAGAAACGAACCCGUCUCGGAGAAAGUGGACAUCUGGUCGUUUGGCGUGGUGCUAUGGGAGAUGCUGACGGGCGAGGUGCCGUAUAAGGACGUGGACUCCUCGGCCAUCAUCUGGGGCGUGGGCAACAACAGCCUGCAGCUGCCCGUCCCAGAGAGCUGCCCAGACGGCUUCAAGAUACUACUCAAGCAGUGCUGGAACUGCAAACCGCGGAACAGACCUUCCUUCCGGCAAAUUCUACUCCAUUUGGAUAUCGCCUCAGCCGACGUCUUGUCCACUCCACAGGAGACGUACUUCAAAUCACAGGCGGAGUGGAGGGAGGAGGUGAAGCAGCACUUUGAGAAGAUCAAGUCUGAGGGCACCUGCCUGCACCGGCUGGACGAGGAGCUCAUCAUACGCCGCAGGGAGGAGCUCAGGCAUGCCCUGGACAUCCGGGAGCACUACGAGAGGAAGCUGGAGAGGGCCAACAACCUGUACAUGGAGCUGAGCGCAGUCAUGCUGCAGCUGGAGCUCAAGGAGAAGGAACUGCUCAGGAGGGAGCAGUCUCUAGAUAAGAAGUACCCGGGCCUCUUCAAGCACAGCUCCAGACAGAGCAGCUCCUCCAACUCCAUGGAGAAGCUCAUCAAGAAACGCAACGUACCUCAGAAACUGCCCUCCCACAGCAAGAGGCCGGACCUCCUGAAGUCUGAGGUCAUCCUGCCCAAGCUGGACUCCUCCAUGACCCAGGUGACCAUCCCCUCCUGCCCCAACAAGGGCUCCACAUCGCCGGGCCGCUCGCGCCGCGGCAAGCCCCGCUACCGCAAGGCCGGCAAGGGCAGCAGCGGAGACCUGGCCGGCCUGAAGGCCACGCUCUCCACCUCCCUGCGAGACACCUUCAAUGCGGCCACCACCCCCGGCGGAGGGGGUGGGGGUGGAGGAGUCAACAACAGCACCACGCCGCAGCUCAGCAGCAAGCAGCACCUGGACCCCAGCGCCGCCCUGCGGGGCCUGCAGCACGACCUGCUGCUGAAGAAGAUGUCCUCCUCCAGCCCCGACCUCAUCUCCACCACCCUGGAGGCCGAGGGCCGGAGACAGGAGGCCGGGCAGCUGGCCGCCGAGCUGGAGCGGGGCCGACGGGCCUCCAGCGGCCUGGGCGGUGUGGGCAUCACCGGGGUGGACCGUGACGUGGCCGACCCCGGGGUGGGCACGGACGACCUGACGGAGACGCCGCCGCGCAGCGACACGCCCAGCGAGGACGCCAACUCCAUCCCCUUCUCCAGCAGCCCCGACUCGCCCUGCGGCCGGGGGGCGGCCGGGGGCGCGGGCAGGGGCUCGGGGCUGGGCUCGCCACGGUUGCAGGACGGGGAGGAGAAGGAGGAGGGCACCAGCAUGGUCCGCUCGCCCCGCGGCGGCACCUCGCACCUCACGCCCGCCGCCAUCCUCUACCGGGCGGCCGUCACGCGCAAGCAGAGACGAGGCGUGUCCUCCGAAGAAGAGGAAGGGGAAGUGGACAGCGAAGUGGAGUUGCCAAGGAGACGGAGGCCGGUGAGCAUGACCAAGUGCCAGUCGGUGUCCACCUUCAGCUCGGAGAACCUGUCGGUGUCGGACGGCGAGGAGGGCAACACCAGCGACCACUCGCACAGCGGCACGCCGGACGUGGUCAGCACCAACACGGACGAGCGGCUGGACGACAAGAGCGACGACCUGCUCUCGCAGGGCUCCGAGAUCCCCGCCGACCCCGCCGAGCCCGAGCCGGACCCCGACCGGGACGCGGCCGAGGCCGCCGAGAGCGGCAUGCAGCAGGGGGCCAACGACGGGCUCUCGGAGAAGGAGGCCAUCCUCCGACACGUGCGCACGCAGCUUAACAGCUACGAGAACCAGGCGCUGUACGAUGACUCGGACUGUGACAGUGCAGAGCUGGACCACUCAGGCAGCGCCGAGCCCGGCAGAACCCCCAGCAACUGGGAGGAGCCACAGGCCUGAAGCUACACGCCCUCCACCCACCACCCCCAACCCACACCUCUUCCUCCUCCUCCAA